UGCACGCCAUAUAAUAAAAUAAAUAGUGUAUUAUAAUAAUGUGUGUUAACUAAAUUGUUUCAUUUUGCGAUUUUAGCAUAAUCAAAAGUGGUUCGAAAUUUUUUACAAAUUUAUUUACAACUAUAAACAACAGUGGAUCCGAAUUAAUCGAUUGUUGACAACAGUUUUGCAUGCGGCUUUUUAAGUUGUGCAUUUUCUCUGUUUUGCAAUAAAUAAUUCAAUAUAAAAUAUGGCUGAUCCGAAUUCAGAUGAUGAAAGUGGUUCCGGUUCUGGAAGCAGUCGAAGUGGCAGUCGAAGCGUCACUCCGCAAGGCAGCGCAGUGGGCUCACCAACAGGCAGUCGCAAGUCAGGGAGUGGCAGCGAUCGAUCGCGCUCUGGCUCCAGAUCCUCUGGAUCGCGGUCUCGAUCACGUUCCGUAUCGGGAUCACCUCGCAGUGCUCGGUCUGGCUCAGCUGGCAGUCGGCGGUCUCGCUCCAGAUCAGCACACAGCCAGCAUGAUGAGGCUCCGGCUCGUUCCCACUCUCGAUCUCGCUCCCACUCUCGUUCCCGCAGCGCAACUCCACACAGCAAGCGCUCCAAGUCGGGCGGCAGUGGCAAAGAGGAUUCACGAUCAAAUUCGCCAAACCUGCAAAUUGAUGACCGGCGUGCCGCAUCGAAGAGCAAGAGUCGCAGUCGCAGUGGCAGUCGAACCCCGUCUCGAUCAAGAUCGCGUUCGCGCUCAAAGUCUGGAACACCGCGUUCCAGGCGCACAUCGCGUAGCAGGAGCCGAAGCGGAUCAGGCUCUGGAUCUGGCAGUGAAAUAGGCGCGUCCCGGAAGAAGCAGAGCCGCAAAAGCGGCAGCGACAGCGAUGCAACAUCGCCGAAAAAAGCGAAGAAGGCACGCUUGAUUGACUCUGACAGCGAUGAGGAUGCAUCGCCUAAGAAAGCUCCCGCAGCUUCGGACAUCUUUGGCGAUGCGGAUGACAUCAGUGACGAUGACGAUACGGCCAAAUCUCCAGCGGGCAGCGCAGCACGCUCACGUAGCCGCAGUCUGAGCAAGUCUCGAUCUCGUAGUCGUUCCGUUAGCCGCUCCCGCAGCCGUUCUCGCUCACGUUCCCGUGACGCAGAUGCGCGACAAACACAGACAACAGCUGCCAAGGAGCUCGAGCCGGAACCUUUACCCGAGACGCGCAUCGAAGUAGAAAUUCCACGCAUAUCCGCUGAUCUUGGGAAAGAGCAGCAUUUCAUCAAAUUGCCCAAUUUUUUAUCCGUUGUUACACAUCCAUUCGAUCCCGAGACGUACGAGGAUGAAAUCGACGAGGAAGAAACCAUGGAUGAAGAAGGUCGUCAGCGCAUCAAGCUCAAAGUGAGCAACACGAUUCGAUGGCGUGAGUUUAUGAAUAACAAAGGCGACAUGGUUCGCGAGUCGAACGCUCGCUUCGUUCGCUGGUCUGAUGGCAGCAUGAGUCUGCACUUGGGCAAUGAGAUUUUCGAUGCCUAUCGCCAGCCGCUGGUUGGCGAUCACAACCAUUUGUUUAUUCGCCAAGGCACCGGUCUCCAGGGACAGUCGGUAUUCCGGACGAAGCUCACAUUCCGUCCGCACUCGACCGAAUCGUUUACCCACAAGAAGAUUACCAUGUCUCUCGCGGAUCGAUCGAGCAAAACGAGUGGCAUUAAGAUACUCACUCAGGUUGGUAAGGAUCCCACCACAGAUCGCUACUCACAGCUCAAGGAGGAAGAAGCCAAGCUACGACUCGCGAUGCGCACUCAGCACAAGGCGCAGCCCAAAAAGAAGAAGGCUGGCGCUGGUGAAGCUCUCAUCGGUGGCGGCAAUUCGUCCUAUCAACAUGAUGAUGGCAGUGAUGACGAGAAUGCCAUUAGCCUUAGUGCUAUCAAAAAUCGCUAUAAGAAGGGCGGCAGCGGUGGUCAAUCGGAACCAAAAGCCUCAACCAUUUACUCUUCCGAUGACGACGAGGGCUCUGACUUUGAGGCGCGUCGCAGCAAAAAGGUGAAUAAGGCCAAGGCUAGCAAAGCCCUACGCGACUCGGAUAGCGAAUCCGAUGCUGGUAGCGGCAAAAGCGGGGCAGCAGGCAGUGCCGCAAGUGGAAGUGGCAGCGGCAGCGACAACGAGAGCCGCAGAAGCGGCAGCAAAUCUGGAAGUGGCAGCGGCAGUGGCUCUGAUAGUGGCAGCGGCAGUGGCAGUGACAAUGAUGAUUAGUUUGUGGAACCCAGCGAAAGAUUUAUUUGUGCAUGACUAAACUGAGAAAUGUAAAAAAUAAUAAUAAAUUGGGCGACAUAUAUCAAAUCUAUUUACGCAAGAGAUAUCCCGAUCUAAAAUAAUAAAAUGGUGAGAUACUGAUUUUAGUCUCUGAGAGGUGACAGCGCUGUAAAGAGAAAUCUUAAAAUUAAAAGAAAAACAUACUUUCCAAUAUGUAUUUGUUUUGCUUUGAUUUAAAUAUAUUUUCCAUAAAUUA